UUUUUUUUUUUUUUUUUUUUUCUUUGCCCACAUUGAUAAAGAGGUCUUUUUUUUUAUAUGAAGGCUCUUCGUAUUUCCCGUCGUUUUCUUCACAACUGUAGUAGAAUAUUUCAUCCUGUACCUCUAUUUCAACAGACAAAAAAUCGUUUCCCCUCAACCUAUUCAUACAUACCGCUGCUAAAACUAUAUACCACCGUAUUGAUGCCUGUCAAAAGAACACGUUCUGCUGUUACUGCAGAAGUAGAAACCUCAACAACAGUAAACUCAACAGCAAUAGCAGCAAACGGCGAACAAGCCACUGAGGUCACCAUCCAUGAAGAACGGGGUAUGACAAAAAAAGUCAAGACCACCUCUUCAAAAAAGAAAGCAUGGGAACCAUUUGAUCCCUCUCUACCCACAAACACGACAUUUCCUGAGAAGUUUCAGAUCCCACCUAAAUCUAAGGGCACUUUCAAAAUAGUCUCGUAUAACGUAGCUGGGCUCAAUGCUUGUAUUAGAAAGGGAUUCAAUAAGUAUAUUGAUGCUGAAGAUGCAGAUAUUGUUUGUAUUCAAGAGCACAAAGUAAAUGCACCUCAUUCUACUGCAGUUAAUGAUUCUGUUUAUAAGUAUCGAUAUUGGUCGUUUGAUGAGAAAAAAGGAUAUGCUGGUGUUGCGGUAUUUUCCAAAUAUAAACCUGAAAAAGUUGAAUAUGGUAUACCAGGAUUCGAAAAAACAACAAAGGGUCGUGUAGUAUCAUUGACGUUUCCAAACUUUACUCUCAUUAACUGUUAUUCGCCUAAUGCGGGUGAUAAGCUCAAAAACCUCGACAUCAAGCAGCGAUUUGAUAAAGAAAUAGAGCGAUAUAUUCGAUCAUUACAGAAGGAACAAAAAUCAGUCAUAUGGACAGGUGAUUUGAAUGUAGCCCAUACACCAGAUGAUUUAGCACGCCCAGAAACAAAUCAACGCUCAGCGGGUUUUACUAAAGAAGAACGCGACGAUUUUACAAAGAUUCUUAGCUCUACAUCUGACAAUCUGCCUGGACUCAUCGAUACGUGGCGACAUCUUCAUCCUGAACAAAAAGGUCAUUAUACUUAUUAUGGAUAUCGUUUUAAUUGUCGUAGCAAAUUGAUAGGCUGGCGACUUGAUUACUUCACGGUAACACCAGAAUUGAUGGACAAAGUAGUUUCAAGUGAUAUUCGACACGAAGGUUGGGGCGCAAGUGAUCAUGUUCCUUUAGUACUGACAUUGAAAGAUAUCAAACUUUGAAGGGAUGAGACAUGAUGUCUAUACAUUUAUCGUACUGGAAGCGAGCCGUUUAUACACUUACAAACAAGGUUGAAGUCAACCCCCACAUUGAUUUUCACCAUUGCUAUAACGACCCUUUCUUACUUCCAAAGAUUCAGAAUAAAACUUUAAUCGAAACCAUUGAAAUGUAUUCAAAAUAACAGCACUUAAGGUUAUCAGGAACAAAAAAAUGCGAGACGAACAGAAUAGUGAAGCGUUUGUUCGUUGAAUGAAAUAAGCAUGAUUACAAAGCUCAUACUUCGUUAUGCUUUGCUAAUUUAUUAAUUAUUCCUCAUCUUUUCUUAUUUCACGUGCUUACUCUAAACUUUACAAGUUUAUUUGCUUAUUACUCGUCAUGCCACCCAUACAAAAUAACUGUG